CCCGCCCCGCCCCGGCCCCGCCGCCGCGGCCACACCGGGAAGGGCUCCAGGCGCUAUGGCGGCGGCUGCGCGCAAGGUCGGAGGAAAGUUCCCGCGGCCGGCGGCCGCCUGAGCGGCAGAGCGACCGAGCGGGAGCGCCCGGGCCCGGCCGCCAGGCCUCUCCCGCCGCCGGGGCAGCGGAGCCGCGUUGGGCGGGCGGAGAGCGCGGGAGUGCGCAGCGGGCCCGCCUCAUGCGCAGCCACCUGCGGAGGGGCUGAGCGGAGCCGCCGCCGCCGCGCCCCGCGCCGGGGGCUCCUGGCGGGGACUUCCCGGGGCAACCCCCGCCGUCCGCCCCUGCCGAGCCGCCGCYGACGGACGGACACCGACCCCGCCGCCGGCCAGAGCCACCGCCGGGGAGCGACCUGUCACCGCACCUCGCGGGCCAGCCCCAAGGACCCUUYCCACGCCUUGGUUUGUCCCCGGGAGAAGGGGAGUUGGGAGCCUCUCCAUGCCUUAUCAAGUUCCUUAUCUGAGCGGCUCCCAGAAGCUGUAGACCAGUUCAGCUUUAUCUGGUAUAGGGGAGAAAAACAGUGUAGCUCUCGCGCUGCAUCCUAAAUCGAGGACCACCUAUUCUGCUGGGGUUCAACACGAAGAUGGUGAAAUGCGGAUUGCUGUGURAAGCAAUAGAUCCUUGUUGUGGAGCGAGGGCUUUGUAUUCAUCUUCCAGUUCCUGAUCUGUGCCCUGUGAGAGAGGACGCUAAUCUUUCUCCUUCAUCCCCCUUCCCUARACCUUUCCUUGCUUCCAUGUUGCAUUGGUCAGACUUUCGGUCAGUGUUGUUUACGGAAGGGGGGGAAAGAAGGCAGUUGAGGUUACAAACAAAAGUACUUGUAUGAYUCAUCUACUUGGAUUUAAGACAUUGUAUCCUUCUUUCACGGGGCCUUUGCUUCUCUCUGAAGGAAUCAGAUGCUUGUUCCUGUUCUUCCAGAGGAGGAUGGAUUGAGGGUUGUACGUUUUAGACUUUUUUUGGGCCACUGCUGAUAUUGUUAAAAGACAUAAUGGGGCUUUUUCACUGGAUUAUUGCCAGAAUUAGUUUACACACUGAAACAAUGAGUUGUUAGGCCUCUCAUACGAUAAUAUUUAUCCUGCUUUAAUAUAAAGUUGCUGUGGAGGUGUUUUAAAAAUUGCGGAGGACAGUCUGCAUCAGAAGAGGCUCCCUUCAUCUCUGGUUGGUGUGGCAACCACAAUCUGUCCUCGAUGCCUUCAGCCUUGGCCAUCUUCACUUGCCGCCCGAACUCUCACCCGUUUCAGGAGCGUCAUGUCUACCUGGACGAGCCUGUCAAGAUCGGCCGCUCCGUGGCUCGCUGCCGGCCAGCCCAGAACAACGCCACAUUUGACUGCAAGGUGCUGUCCAGGAACCAUGCUCUUGUCUGGUUUGAUCACAAGACAGGCAAGUUCUAUCUUCAAGACACUAAAAGUAGUAAUGGUACCUUUAUUAAUAGUCAGAGACUGAGUAGAGGAUCUGAGGAAAGCCCACCGUGUGAAAUCAUGUCAGGUGACAUCAUCCAGUUUGGUGUAGAUGUGACGGAGAACACGCGGAAAGUUACCCAUGGAUGUAUAGUCUCCACAAUCAAACUGUUCCUUCCAGAUGGAAUGGAAGCUCGAUUGCGAUCAGAUGUUAUCCAUGCUCCAUUACCGAGUCCUGUUGACAAGGUUGCUGCUAACACUCCCAGUAUGUAUUCUCAGGAAUUGUUUCAGCUUUCACAGUAUCUACAAGAAGCCUUACAUCGGGAACAAAUGUUGGAACAGAAGCUGGCAACCCUUCAGCGACUACUUGCUGUCACACAAGAGGCUUCAGAUACUAGUUGGCAGGCUUUAAUAGAUGAAGACAGGCUGCUAUCAAGACUAGAGGUUAUGGGAAAUCAGUUACAGGCUUGUUCAAAGAAUCAAACAGAAGACAGUAUACGAAAAGAGCUUAUAGCAUUACAGGAAGACAAACACAACUAUGAGACAACAGCCAAAGAGUCCCUGAGGCGGGUCCUUCAGGAGAAAAUUGAAGUGGUCAGAAAAUUGUCUGAAGUGGAGCGGAGUUUAAGUAAUACAGAAGAUGAAUGUACACACCUGAAAGAAAUGAAUGAGCGGACUCAGGAAGAAUUAAGGGAAUUAGCUAAUAAGUACAAUGGAGCUGUAAAUGAAAUUAAAGAUCUUUCUGAYAAACUAAAGGUAGCAGAAGGAAGACAAGAAGAAAUCCAACAGAAAGGACUUGCUGAGAAAAAAGAAUUGCAGCAUAAAAUAGAUGAAAUGGAAGAAAGAGAGCAAGAGCUUCAAGCAAAAAUAGAAGCUUUGCAGGCUGAUAAUGACUUCACCAAUGAGCGGCUGACUGCUUUACAAGGCAUACAAGUUGACGACUUCAUACCUAAAAUUAAUGGGAGCACAGAGAAAGAGCACUUUCUUUCAAAGAGUGGAGGGGACUGCACUUUUAUUCAUCAGAUCAUAGAAUGUCAGAACAAGAUCAUAGAUGAAGGACAUCUAACCAAAGUGGAAGAAACAAAGCUUUUGAAAGAGAACCAAGCACGAGUCAAAGAAUCGAAUGAUUUGUCUGACACCCUUAGUCCAAGCAAGGAAAAAAGCAGUGACGACACUACAGAUGCUCAAAUGGAUGACCAAGAUCUAAAUGAACCUAUUGCUAAAGUAGCUCUUCUAAAAGAUGAAUUGCAGGGUGCACAAUCAGAGACUGAGGCUAAGCAAGAAAUUCAGCAACUGCACAAGGAGCUGAUUGAAGCCCAAGAGCUAGCUAGGACAAGUAAACAAAAAUGCUUUGAACUUCAAGCGCUCUUGGAAGAAGAGAGAAAAGCAUAUCGAGUGCAAGUUGAAGAAUCUAACAAGCAAAUAAAUGCUCUGCAAGCUCAGUUGCGAAGGUUGCAAGAAGAAAUUGAGAAUCUUCGCAAGGAAAAGGAGAAUGAAAUUUCAACCACUCGAAAUGAACUAGUCAGUGCUCAAAAUGAGAUUCUGUCACUUCAAAARGUAGCAGAAAAGGCAGCAUCAGAACGAGACACUGAUAUUUCUUCAUUGCAAGCUGAGCUGCAGACAGUGCGAGCAGAGCUUGAACGGUGGAGGAAAGAUGCCUCGGAUUAUGAAAAAGAAAUUGUCAAUCUGCAAGCCAGUUUUCAGCUCAAAUGCCAGCAGUGUGAGGAGCAGCAGAAGGAAGAGGCCUCUCGCCUAAAAGGUGAACUUGAAAAGUUGAAGGCAGAGUGGAUUGCUCUGGAAGCUGAAUGUGUCAAACUGAGGAAGGAAAACACUUCGCUUACAUCUGAACUUCAGCGACAAGAGAAGGAGCUUUCYAGCUCRCAGAAGCAGAGUUUAGCACUAACCAGCGAUAUAAGUGUUCUUGAAAUGUCUCGAAARGAACUUGAAAAUCAGAUGGGAUCUUUGAAAGAAAAACAUCAGCGGGAUGCAGCCAGUCUGAAAACUCAACUCAGUGAAGCUGAGAGUCAAGCAAAAGAUGUUCAGAAGGAGUAUGAAAGAACACAGACUGUGCUCUCGGAGCUGAAGGCAAAGUACGAGRUGGCUGAGCAGCAAAACCAGUCACUCACGGAAGAGCUCAAACAAUGUAAAGAAAAUCUGAAGCUGCUACAAGAAAAAGGAAACAACAGACAAUGGCCUUGGAUGCCUGUGAUGGCAGCUUUGGUUGCUGUAACAGCCGUGGUGCUGUACCCAGGCCUAACCAGAGCUUCUCCAUGAGAACUGUUGUUGAAUCCAUACACCGUCCUCCCUUUAGAAGCUGGCAACAUUCAUAUACUGAGGGAAAACAGAUUAAUUCUCUUCCUUUUUACCUCUUAAUACAGCACAGCUCUGCGUGAGAACAGCAGUAGGGUCAUUUGCUUUAAAUUGUAUAAAAUGUAUCUGUCUAUAAAGAGGGAAUAAAAUUGUGAUUCAUCAUA